UUCAUUGAAUCUGCGGAUUUCGUGACGCCUUCUUCUUACGCGAUCGUUCAGUGCUCUGCUUGUCUGGCUUUAGUAUUUGUCCCCAGACUCUUUUCACUCUCCCUCUCUUUUCUUUCUUUCUUUCUCUCUCUCUCUCUAUCUCUCUCUCUCCCCCUCUCUCUCUUUUCUUCUUUGUAACGUUUAAUGAUCCCACUGGAACCGGUUUAACUCUCUAUGAGCAGGAUUAGUGGUAUAAAUAUCAGGGUGUUUUUGUUCCUUUCUGCGACUCCUGGAACUGCUGGAGCUAAGCAAAUGGGGAGAUAUGCCACUACCGCAGAAAUCUCCGCUGUUAUUUGAAACGAUUGCAGUUUGCUUUCAACGUUUUGAAUGAAUCACCGCUCGACAACCCCCGGCUUGGUUUCUAAAGGGGGGAUCAUGAGUGGAUGAAACCUGAGUGCUCCUCUUUAGGCACUAAUCAUGGAACAAUCAAAGAGAAGGAUUGAUCCAUAGACCAGUCAUUGAGAAAAUCUCUGCUCACUGGGUUGAGACUCUGGAGGAUAACAUGUAUCCAAUGAAGAGGUUUGCCUGAACGCUUGGUAAAGUGUUGAUUCCUGCCCAGUCUCUGCGGCCCCUUCCUCUUACGGAUGCCACCAGCUCAAAUCCUUCAGGAAAGCCCAAUGGAGCAGGAUGUGGAGAGCCCAAUCACUAUCAGACAGCCCAAGCUGCCAAAGCAAGCAAGAGAGGACCUGCCCAAACAAGUGGCUGAAAAAGAAAAAGCUAGAAGAAAAAUUCAGAGAUACGUCCGUAAGGAUGGGAAGUGCAAUGUCCAUCAUGGGAACGUUAGAGAAACAUAUCGGUAUCUGACUGAUAUUUUUACAACUCUAGUGGACCUAAAAUGGAGAUUCAAUUUAUUCAUUUUUGUUUUGGUCUACACUGUGACAUGGCUUUUUUUUGGCAUGAUAUGGUGGCUCAUUGCUUAUAUUCGAGGAGAUCUGGAACAUAUAGGGGAUACCAAAUGGACCCCUUGUGUCAAUAACCUGAAUGGUUUUGUUUCUGCAUUUUUAUUCUCUAUAGAAACUGAAACUACAAUUGGAUAUGGUUACAGAGUAAUAACGGACAAGUGCCCAGAAGGAAUUGUUCUUCUUUUGGUGCAGUCAGUUCUGGGCUCUAUAGUUAAUGCAUUUAUGGUGGGCUGCAUGUUUGUAAAAAUCUCCCAACCCAAAAAAAGGGCUGAAACAUUAGUUUUUUCUACUCAUGCUGUCAUCUCCAUGCGGGAUGGUAAAUUGUGUCUAAUGUUCAGAGUGGGGGACCUGAGGAACUCACAUAUUGUUGAAGCGUCAAUACGGGCUAAACUGAUCAAAUCCAAGCAGACAAAAGAAGGUGAAUUCAUCCCUUUGAAUCAAACUGAUAUCAAUGUGGGCUAUGACACCGGGGAUGAUCGUCUCUUUCUAGUAUCACCUCUCAUUAUCUGCCAUGAGAUCAACCAGCAUAGCCCUUUCUGGGACAUUUCCAAAGAUCACUUGGCCAAGGAAGAGCUGGAAAUUGUAGUCAUUCUGGAAGGAAUGGUGGAAGCAACAGGAAUGACUUGUCAAGCCAGAAGUUCCUAUGUGACGAGUGAGAUCCUCUGGGGCCACCGCUUUACACCUGUUCUUACCCUGGAAGAUGGUUUUUACGAGGUGGAUUACAACAGUUUCCAUGAAACCUAUGAGACAAACACACCGACCUGCAGUGCCCACGAGCUGAUGGAGAUGACUGCCCGAGAAGGGCUGCCUCUCAGCUGGUCAGUAGCUAGCAAGCUAAAUCAGCACGCAGAGCUAGAGACUGAGGAAGAAAAGGAUAAAGGGACAAGCCGCAAUAACAAAGAGCAGACUGAGCGGAACGGAGAUGUCGAGAGAAUGGAGAAUGAAUCAAAGGUGUAGACCUGCAGAAUAGGCUUAAGGCAGUGUGUAUGCUUGGUUUCACUGCAGAAGUAAAUCGAUUUUCUAGAACUAUAAAAAGUAGUUCAUACAUUUCAGUUUUACUCUUCUUUUAAGCUGUUCAACCUAUAAUAAGCAAUCAAGAGAACUGGUUAAAGGGGAUAAUGUACAGUAUUACUGAUAGCUGCUGGACAAGAGCAUGUAUUUUUAAUGAGAUUGUUUCUAAAUAUUAAAUAAUAAUGAGUUGAUAUAUAUAUAUAUAUAUAUAUAUAUAUAUAUAUAUAUAUAUAUAUAUAUGUAACUGGGCAUUUGCAUUUGUAAUUUUUGUAUAUACAUAUAUUAAUGAGUUUUCUUGGCAAUUGACCAAGGGGAUGCUGAAGAGUACGAAUGUGUGGCUAAUGGUUGUUUAAUCUGAAAAACAAUGUACAUAUGCCUUAUGUAACAUUUUAGCUUUAUUUACAUUAGAGAAUACAAACCAAGCAUGUACAAAAGUACUGUAGUAAAAAAAAAUGCUAUAUAGUGUAUAUAUCCUAUGUACGUAAUAUACAAUAGGUUAGAAUCUUGAUUUUUCUGAAGUACUGAAUGCAAAAACGAUAGACUAGAUUGCUUAUUGGGGAUUUUAUUCCCAAUGUUUCUGAUACAGAAUUUUUCAAAGUAUGCCUGGCCCUGGGCUGUUUGUGUCUUAAUGUGUCCAUCCAAGGAUUGUUUCUGGGUUAUGUUUCUGACAUUUUGUUUGUAUGUAUUUAUUGAUUUAUUUAUGCUAACUUAAGUUUAUCCUUUUUCAGAGUUAACUUAAGAGUUUUCACAGACUUUAUCAGAGUUUUCUGAUCUGGCUGUGGGAAUCAAUGUUUUCGCCUUGUGUCUUGCAUUUAUGUCUGCAUGUUGUGCAAAAGGUUUCUCUUGUUUCUAAUUUAGGUUGUUCACAUAGAGUAAAGGAGGCAGUGUGGAUAUGCAAAACAAAAAAAAAAAAGCCUGUGUCACUUUCCAGUGCUAUUUUGCAGAGAUUUCUUUACAUCCCAAUAUAACUACAUAAAAUAACCACUGUGGUUUGGGCAACAUUCUAAACAUUUCAAGGAAGCAGGUCAAUAGAUAAAAUUCUAAAAACUUGCUUUCUUUGUUUACACAAAUAAAGAAAGCAACUGACAAUUGAUAACGACCUUGAUUUCUAUUAUACUUUUUAUAUGACAUUUCAUAAUGAAGGGUUUAUUAUGAACAGGGAAUUUUAAUUAGAUUCUUUGUUUUUUGGUGACAUAUUUUCUAUACACAUGAGCAAUAUUAUGCUAAGGAGCAUAAAAGAAAUAUGUACAUUUGGUAAUCUGCAGCAUUUAUAUUAUGGAGAGGGAUUCAAAG